AUGGAAGAGCCUGCAGCUCCCUCUGAAGCCUCUGAGGCAGCUGGGGCCCCUACGGGUGCUGCGGCAGCAGGGGAGGGUCCUGGAGGGCCCCGUCUGCCCGUGCGCCCUGUCCCCCGGCAAGUUGCGGUUCCGAGCCCGGCCCUCCUCCGAGCGUCACGUCGGAGGCCUGCCCAGGCCUCAGGGGGAGGGGCCGGGCCCAGCUGGCUGCCGAGCCGGAGCAGUGGCAGCUGGACAAAGCAAAUCACUUGCAGGUAUUAUCUGCAUGGGCGGUGCAAGGAGGGGGAGAACUGUCGCUACUCCCACGACCUCUCAGGCUGGCAGAUGGCCAGGGAGGGUCGUAGUUCGCCGCCUGGGGCCUCUGCAGGCCAAGGCGCCAGCACGGCUGCGCACGUUGAGACCCUGCCUCAGGAAGUGGCGAAAGCCCCCCCUGCUGCGUCCUCACGCUCCUUGCCUGUGAUUGGCUCGGCUGCUGAAAGGGGUUUCUUUGAAGCUGAGAGAGAGAGUGCAGGCCUGGAAGCUGCCGGAGGAGCAGGUGCAGAAGGCUGGGCGGAUGCCAUUGAGUUUGUUCCCGGGCAACCCUACCGGGGCCGCAGGGCCCUUGUUGUCCCCGAGGCUCCUCUGCAGAGCUCAGUGACUGAGAGGGAGCAGAUUGCUGUGGGCACGGGGGAGCAGCUUUGCCGCGAUGCUAUCAUGGGGCAAUGCUUUCGUGGGGAGAGAUGUAUGUAUGUCCACGGAGACAUAUGCGAUAUGUGUGGGCUACAGGUCUUACACCCGGUGGAUGCUGUCCAGAGGGAAGACCAUAUAAGGGCCUGCAUUGAAGCACACGAGAAGGAUAUGGAACUCUCGUUUGCUGUGCAGCGCAGUCUGGACAAAGUGUGUGGCAUCUGCAUGGAGGUGGUGUAUGACAGAGCCAACCCCAGUGACCGCCGCUUUGGCAUCCUCUCCAACUGCAACCACGCCUACUGUCUUAAGUGUAUCCGCAGGUGGAGGAGUGCCAAACACUUUGGGAGCAGGCUGGUCAAAUCCUGCCCGCAGUGCAGGGUCACUUCCAGCCUUGUUAUUCCCAGUGAGUUCUGGGUGGAGGAAGAAGAAGAGAAGCAGAAACUUAUUCAGCAGUACAAGGAGGCAAUGAGAAACAAGACCUGCAGGUAUUUUGCUGCAAGCGGGGGUUAUUGCCCAUUUGGAGAGAACUGUUUUUACAAGCAUGCAGACCCUGAGGGCCUGGGAGAGGAUCCUGUGCAGGUGGGAGAGGGCGACAUGCCCUUUAAAAGCUGUAAAAAAGAGCUUGUCAUGCUUCGGCUGGCCAAUCUGUUGUUUAAGUGUUUCCUUUCACUGGGAGAUAAUGAGCUCCCCUUCUCAGAGGACCAGUGGGACUUGCUUCAUUAUGAGCUAGAAAAAACAUUUCAAUUUGAGUCUGUAGCAUUAUGCUGUGGCAUGUGGUCUAGUGUGCUGAGGCUCCGUCAUCCGCUAUUGCCUGUUUUCUGUUUGUAGACACAUCUGUCACUCACAGGGGCUGUUGAAGUCAUUUUCAUGGAGCAUCCAUCUCUGUUUUCUUGCCCAUCCCAUUUGUUUCCCCCUAUGAUUAUGGUGUCUCACUGUGUUAAAAAGCAAUCGAAAGUCCUUAAAGUUAUUGUUUGGUGAAAUUAAUAUUACUGUCAGUUUAUGGUUUAUUUUGUCGUCUCUGUUUUCAACAGGAGUGACUCAGUUCUAGUCUAGUGUUUACAGAAUUUCCACACUCAUUUUGAAGUCCCUCAAGAAUAAAUGUGACAGGGUGAAGGGAGAAGUCUUAACUGAACAAGGAGCUUUUUGCUACUACAGCCUUAAGAAAUGGACCCUGGCGGGGCCUUGUGGUGCAGCUGCUCAUCUCUUGUUGUUUACAUGUUGUUCCUUCCCUCAUCCCCUUCAAGUGCGCUCUUUAACUUGUGGUUACCUUGU